AAACUCUAGUUGCCUAGACAAAUGAAUAAUGACCGAAGUCUGACUUUCCUCUCCUUGCGUGCAUUAGGUCUCCGUGGACUUGCUGUGUCUCCUGUCCACUGAGAACAUUUCCGUCCCUACCACGUCCUGAUGAGCCUUGCUGGUUGGAGAGGACACUUCUGACCACCCUGAGCUGGGCUUUGUGUUCCUCAUGCCCCGGCUGGAGCCACGGUAGCCCAUACCGCGUGGACGGAUGAAAAUGGUUCAGAAAUGGUGGAAACAUUGUGAGUUUGUGCUAAUUCACGUCGAUAAAGGAUUCCUCACUACUGAGCCGCUACCUUGUGUGGACACGGGUUUAACUGACUUAGAGUGAAAUACUAGAAGGAAGACGCUUCCUCGAAUGUCAGUGACCCAUUGCAUCAAUUAACGGAAUCAGCACGGCCUCCAAGAGACAUCUAUUGAACUUCUUGGAAAUUAAGAAGGAGCACGCCAAGAUGUCCCUUGUGGCCGUCCCCUUCUACCAGAAGAGACACAGGCACUUCGACCAGUCCUAUCGCAAUAUUCAAACACGCUACCUGCUGGACGAAUAUGCAUCAAAGAAGCGAGCUUCCACCCAGACGUCUUCCCAGAAGUCCCUGACUCAGCAGUCCUCCUCGGAGAGAGCCUCCAGCCAGACGUCCCUGGGAAGAACCACCUGCAGCAUCUGCGCGAAGCGGAUAAGCACGCAGGAAGAGGAGGAGCGGGAGAGCAGAAACAGGUACCAAUCCCUGGUGGCCGCCUAUGGCGAGGCCAAGCGACAGCGUUUUCUCAGCGAGCUGGCCCACAUGGAGGAGAAUGUCCACCUGGCACGCUCCCAGGCCCGCGAGAAGCUGGACGAAUACGCCAUUCAGCAGAUGGUGAAGGACAAGCUGGCCUGGGAGAGGCACUCGUUUGAAGAGCGGAUAAGCAGGGCUCCUGAGAUCCUGGUGCGGCUGCGGUCCCACACUGUCUGGGAGAGGAUGUCUGUGAAGCUCUGCUUUACCGUGCAAGGAUUUCCCACACCCGUGGUGCAGUGGUACAAAGAUGGCAGUCUGAUUUGCCAGGCGGCAGAACCGGGGAAGUACAGGAUUGAGAGCAACUACGGCGUGCACACACUGGAGAUCAACAGGGCAGACUUCGAUGAUACCGCGACCUACUCGGCGGUGGCGACCAAUGGCCACGGUCAGGUGUCCACCAACGCGGCGGUGGUGGUGAGAAGGUUCCGGGGGGACGAGGAGCCAUUCCAUUCGGUGGGACUCCCGAUUGGAUUGCCCCUGUCAUCAGUGAUUCCGUACACGCACUUCGACGUCCAGUUUUUGGAGAAGUUUGGGGUCACCUUCAGGAGAGAAGGCGAGACGGUCACUCUCAAGUGCACCAUGCUGGUGACGCCUGACCUGAAGCGGGUGCAGCCCCGCGCUGAGUGGUACCGCGAUGACGUGCUGGUGAAGGAGUCCAAGUGGACGAAGAUGUUCUUUGGAGAAGGCCAGGCCUCCCUGUCCUUCAGCCACCUGCACAAGGACGACGAGGGCCUGUACACCCUGCGCAUUGUGUCCCGGGGCGGCGUCAGCGACCACAGCGCCUUCCUGUUUGUCAGAGAUGCUGACCCGCUGGUCACAGGGGCCCCCGGUGCACCCAUGGACUUGCAGUGCCACGAGGCCAACCGAGACUACGUCAUCGUGACCUGGAAGCCCCCCAACACCACCACCGAGAGCCCCGUCAUGGGCUAUUUUGUGGACCGAUGUGAAGUAGGAACGAAUAAUUGGGUUCAGUGCAAUGAUGCGCCAGUGAAAAUCUGCAAAUACCCAGUCACGGGGCUUUUUGAAGGAAGGUCUUACAUAUUCCGAGUGAGAGCAGUGAACAGCGCAGGCGUCAGCCGACCCUCCAGGGUCUCGGAUGCGGUGGCUGCUCUCGACCCCAUGGACCUCAGAAAGUUACAAGCCGUUCAUUUGGAGGGAGAGAAGGAGAUCGUCAUUUAUCAGGAUGACCUUGAAGGUGAUGUCCAGAUUCCAGGGCCUCCCACCAACGUGCACGCCUCUGAAAUCAGCAGAAACUAUGUCGUCCUCAGCUGGGAGCCACCCACUCCCCGCGGCAAGGACCCGCUCACGUACUUCAUCGAGAAGUCCGUGGUGGGGAGUGGUAGCUGGCAGAGAGUCAACGCCGAGACGGCUGUGAGGUCCCCGAGAUAUGCCGUGUUUGACCUUAUGGAGGGGAAGUCAUACGUGUUCCGAGUGCUGUCAGCAAACCGGCACGGCCUGAGCGAGCCGUCAGAGAUAACAUCUCCCAUUCAGGCCCAGGACGUAACUGUUGUCCCUUCUGCUCCUGGUCGGGUUCUUGCCUCCCGAAACACCAAGACGUCCGUGGUGGUCCAGUGGGACAGACCCAAGCACGAGGAGGACCUGCUGGGCUACUACGUGGACUGCUGUGUGGCCGGAACCAAUGCCUGGGAACCCUGCAACCACAAGCCCAUUGGAUACAACAGGUUCGUGGUGCACGGCUUAACCACGGGAGAGCAGUACAUCUUCCGGGUCAAGGCGGUCAAUGCCGUGGGGAUGAGUGAAAAUUCCCAAGAAUCAGACGUCAUAAAAGUGCAGGCGGCACUCACCGUGCCAUCCCAUCCUUACGGGAUCACGCUCCUUAACUGUGACGGCCACUCCAUGACCCUCGGCUGGAAGGUUCCGAAGUUCAGCGGUGGCUCACCCAUCCUGGGCUACUAUGUGGACAAGCGCGAAGUUCACCAUCAAAACUGGCACGAGGUCAAUUCCUCGCCCAGCAAACCGACAGUCCUAACGGUGGACGGCUUGACGCAAGGCUCACUCUACGAGUUCAAAAUUGCUGCCGUCAACCUGGCCGGCAUCGGGGAGCCCUCAGACCCCAGCGAGCACUUCAAGUGUGAGGCCUGGACCAUGCCAGAGCCCGGUCCUGCAUACGACCUGACGUUCUGUGAGGUCAGGGACACGUCCUUGGUCAUGCUGUGGAAGGCCCCCGUGUACUCCGGCAGCAGCCCUGUUUCUGGGUAUUUCGUGGACUUCAAGGAGGAGGAUGCUGGAGAGUGGAUGACUGUCAAUCAGACAGCAACGGCCAACCGUUAUUUAAAGGUCUGUGACCUGCAGCAAGGGAAGACCUAUGUUUUCAGGGUCCGAGCAGUCAAUGCAAAUGGCGUGGGCAGGCCCUCGGACAUGUCGGAGCCUGUGCUGGUAGAGGCCAGACCAGGCACCAAGGAAAUCAGUGCCGGUGUCGAUGAAGAAGGCAACAUCUACCUGGCCUUCGACUGCCAGGAAAUGACAGACGCCUCUCAGUUCACCUGGUGUAAAUCCUAUGAAGAGAUUGCAGAUGACAAGAGGUUUAAAAUCGAAACCGUGGGGGAUCACUCCAAGCUGUACUUUAAGAAUCUGGAUAAGGAGGAUUUAGGGACUUACUCGGUGUCUGUAAGUGAUACAGAUGGAGUGUCCUCCAGCUUUGUUCUGGACCCAGAAGAGCUGGAACGUUUGAUGGCAUUGAGCAAUGAAAUAAAGAACCCCACAAUUCCACUGAAAUCAGAAUUAGCUUAUGAGAUUUUUGAUAAGGGGCAAGUUCGCUUCUGGCUGCAGGCUGAGCACUUAUCCCCAGACGCCAACUACCGAUUUAUUAUUAACGACAGAGAAGUGUCUGACAGCGAGGCACACAGAAUUAAAUGUGACAAAGCUACUGGCAUUAUUGAGAUGGUGAUGGAUCGAUUUACUAUUGACAAUGAGGGGACCUACACUGUGCAGAUUCAUGACGGAAAAGCCAAAAAUCAGUCUUCUCUAGUUCUUAUUGGAGAUGCAUUCAGGACUGUGCUGGAAGAGGCUGAAUUUCAAAGGAAAGAAUUUCUCAGGAAACAAGGCCCUCAUUUUGCUGAGCACUUGCACUGGGACGUCACAGAAGAAUGUGAAGUUCGACUUGUUUGCAAGGUUGCAAACACCAAGAAAGAAACAGUUUUUAAAUGGCUCAAGGAUGACGUUCUGUGUGAAACUGAAAAAAUGCCUGACCUGGAGAGGGGAAUUUGUGAGCUGCUCAUCCCAAAGUUGUCAAAGAAGGACCAUGGUGAAUACAAGGCAACCUUGAAAGACGAGAGAGGCCAAGAUGCAUCCAUCCUUGAAAUAGCUGGUAAAGUGUAUGAUGAUAUGAUUUUGGCAAUGAGUAGAGUCUGUGGAGCAUCUGCUUCUCCGCUGAAGAUACUCUGCACCCCAGAAGGAAUACGACUUCAGUGCUCCAUGAAAUAUUUUAUGGAAGAAAUGAAAGUGAACUGGUGUCACAAAGAUGCUAAGAUCUCGUCCAGUGAGCAUAUGAGAAUCGGGGGCACUGAAGACAUGGCUUGGCUGCAGAUAUGUGAGCCGACAGAGAAGGAUAAAGGAAAAUACACUUUUCAGAUUUUUGAUGGCAAAGAUAAUCAUCAGCGUUCCCUCGACCUGUCCGGACAAGCAUUUGAUGAAGCAUUUGCAGAAUUCCAACAACUCAAGGCUGCUGCUUUUGCAGAGAAGAAUCGUGGCAGGGUGAUUGGCGGUUUGCCUGACGUGGUGACUAUCAUGGAAGGAAAGACCUUGAAUCUGACCUGCACGGUGUUUGGAAACCCUGACCCCGAAGUGGUUUGGUUCAAGAAUGACCAGGACAUUGAGCUCAGCGAGCACUUCUUGGUGAAGGUGGAACAGGCCAAGUACGUCAGCAUGACCAUCAAAGGCGUGACCUCCGAGGACUCGGGCAAGUACAGCAUGAACGUCAAGAACAAGUACGGCGGGGAGAAGAUCGACGUGACGGUGAGCGUGUACAAACACGGAGAGAAGAUCCCGGACGUGGCGCCGCCCCAGCAGGCCAAGCCCAAGCUCAUCCCAGCGUCUGCCUCAGCGCCAGGCCAGUGAAGGCGUCUUCCCAGCCUGGAGACGGGAAACCUCUUGGCAGAGCCAGGAAUGCUGUGGGCUUGUUCCAAGUGAGCGGCCGGCGUCGGAGUGGCAUCCUGUGUGCGCUGAUAGUUGACCAUGCAUUGUGCUUUGAUUUUUGCAUUUGGUGAUGAUUAUUUUUUACCCAUCCAAGGGGGAAAGCUAAUGUUUUCCACUAGACUAAGCAACAUGUGUUUACAGGAGCGUAGACUGCAGAUACUGGCGGAGGGUGGGUUGGCAGAUGACACGAGCAUUUUCACGGGUGUAGGCACGUGGGCGUGACACCCAGGCGUGUGUGUGUAGCAUGUGGCGGUCUGUGUGAAGCCACUGAGAAGCCACCGUGCUGUCGCUUGCUCUUUAGGGGCUGUGAGAUCUCGCAGUGCUGGAAUCCUGGCUGUGGAGGCUUUGAAGCAUGUGUUAUCUGGUGACGCUUGUUUUCUCUUGCUUUAGGCAAAUAAAACUUUAAAAAUCAC